AUGGUCCCCAGAAAGGAAACUUUGUUGCAGAAGUCAUUCAGAUCCCGAAAGAAACUUCUAAAGAAACCCUUUGCACAAUCCAGUAUCUUCGUGAGAGAGCCACAAUCUCUGGAUGAGUCCAAAUCCAUCAUCAGAGAGCUGGCACUUCAGCUGCAGAGAGUAUCCCAGAAUGAGGAGCAUCUCUCCAAUGGCAGUGAGGAGGACUACACUGUAGCACAGUGCCAGCAGUUUAUACUUCAGUGGGCUGAUGAGCUGAGGAACCAACCACAGCUUUCUGUUAAAGACAAAGGGGGAAGGUUAAAGACCAACAAACCAGGAGUAUGGAGGACAGGGGAGAAGCAGGGAGCCACAGAGUCCAUGGCUUCAUCCGAGGAGAAGCGUCUGAAGGAGGGACAGAGCAUCCUGUCUGAAUGGGCCUCGAGCCUCAAAGCACUGCCACAGAACUCAGUAUACCCAGGAGAAGAUGUGUGUGCAGUGCUUCAGGAGCUGGGGAGACAAUGGAAGAGGGGCCAGCUGCCUAACAUACUACCAGUCAUGGAGUUCAUCAUGUGGAGUGUGAUUCGGGAGCAGCCCCAGCCGGGCACUAUCCCCCAGCUAUGGCUCAAAUCCAAACAGAGGUACAACCAUACAGCUGAUAUCAUCCUGGAUCCGAAAACUGCCCAUCCAAAUAUUGUAUUGUCUGCAGACAGAAAACGAGUAAGGGUGGACAAAAUAACAGAGAGUAAACAAAAUUGCAUGGAUGGACACUACAGAGAGACUCAUAAGUGUGAUGAUUGGCAUUGCGUGCAGGGAACGGAGGGGUUCACCUCAGGUAGACACUACUGGGAAGUGGGAGUACAAGGGAAGAAGGACUGGAGGAUAGGAGUGGUGAAAGAGUCUGCACCACGACAUGGUUAUAUUGACCUGAACGCACAGACUGGCUACUGGACUUUGCGAAUGCAGGUUGGGAAGAUCAAGGCGCUAACUGUCCCAGCCACUGAGAUUCCUUAUUCCUCAGAUCUGUCCAGGGUUGGAGUGUACCUGGACAUCGAGGAAGGACAGCUCUCUUUUUAUGAUGUCGAGAGAAGCAGCCACAUCUACACUUUUAAUCGCAGCUUCACUGAGAGAGUCUACCCAUUGUUUGGAACAGUUGAAACAGACAGAGACCUAAUUAUAUUGUAG